UCUUAUAUGCAGGGUAACGAGUAGUUAUAGCUAUUGCAUGCAAAAGUGUCUAGAAUCUAGUGUGUAUUUGCUGUAGUAGCUAUGGCUUCUGUUCUUCGACAGAUGACUAUGGGCGAAGCUAGCUUCCUUUCGCUGCUGACAGACUUCAUCGGCAAGACGGAGAAGCUUCAAAACAAUCCUCCAAAUCUGAUACCACAGGAAUCGCUUGUUGUGACUAAGGUGCUUGAAGUGCUGGGACCUUAUAGCAUCGACAAUGGUGGACCUUUGCUCCUCAAACCAAUCUAUUUUCAAGGCCUUCAAAAUAGGAAGAACCUCAUUGUCACAUAUCCUGGUGAAGAGCAAGAUAGAAUAGUCUCCAUUGUUGGCUGUCAUAUGGACGUGGUAGUGGCUGAUCCGACCAAAUGGGAACAUUCGCCGUUUAAGUUAACCCAGCUUGAAGAUGGUGAUACGCUCUAUGGACGAGGCACUACAGAUUGCCUCGGACAUGUUGCAUUAGUGACGCAGCUGUUGAAGCAGAUGGCAGAAGCAAAGUUGAGGCUCAAAACAACUGUGGCAGCUGUGUUCAUUGCAAACGAAGAGAAUGCCACAGUCCUGGGCAUUGGGGCUGAUGCACUGAUGGAUGCACAUGAACUCGAUUUCCUCAAAAAUGGUCCUUUAUAUUGGAUGGAUUCCUCCGACAAACAGCCUUGCAUUGGAACCGGUGGAAUGCUUGCUUGGCAUCUCACAGCUCAUGGAAAACUUUCCCACAGUGGUCUACCAAAGCAGGGAAUCAAUGCAAUUGAGCUUGCUUCUGAGGGACUGAAAGAAAUUCAGGAUCGUUUCUAUAACGAUUUUCCAAAGGUUGUUCCAGAUGAAGAUAACUACAAGUUCGACACCCCCUCAACAAUGAAGCCUACACAAUGGACAUACCCCGGGAGUGCAAUUAAUCAAAUCCCAGACACUUGCACCAUUUCUGGAGAUUGCAGGAUAACGCCUUUCUACAAGGUGGACGAAGUUGAAAAGAAACUCGUGCAGUACGUGGACUAUAUAAACCAAAACAUAGAAAAACUGGAGACUCGUGGACCGGCGUCUAAAUAUGUGUUACCGGAUGGCACCAGAGGAAAAUUGGAGAUAACAUUUGAUGCGGAAAAGAUGCAAGGCAUUGCCUGUCACAUGGACUCAAAGGGAUAUAAAGCCUUAGCUAAAGCCACUGAGGAGGUUCUGGGACAUGUUGAGCCGUUCUCAAUUACUGGAUCACUUCCAAUCGUUGGUGAUCUGCAGGACCAAGGAUAUGACGUGCAAACCAUAGGCUAUGGUUUAACAUCAGCAUAUCAUGCAGACAACGAGAUUUGCCUGCUGUCGGACAUGUCCCAAGGCUUCAAAAUCUUUGCCAUAUUGAUAGCAGACUUGGAUAAUUCAUUAUAAGAAAGAUGAUGCAGUUCAAAUACGUUCUAAUCAAUGCACUUCAACUUGACCGACGCUUGAGUGAUCAGGAGGCCGGUCAAAGACUGCAAGCCAAGUGAUUGGCCCCUUUGAGUCAGUUGUAUUUGCUGUUAUAUUGUUCGUACUUGAUAUUAUAUAUUGAAUGUGAAAAGUAUUUUAUUAUAA